AAAUAAUGACUUCUUUUCGACAAAUUGAAACAAGAAAACAACAACUUAGGAUCAGAUUUGUUUGAAUAAAUGCUGAGUCAUCUUUCCCUGCAGGAAUCUGGGAUUACCAUCAAUCACUUCCAUGAUGACAACCUCAUGAUAUCAGUUCUGAAUCUGUUCAGUGCUGGUACUGACAAUACAGCAAUUACACUAAGAUGGGGAGUUCUGCUCAUGGCCAAGUAUCCAAAAAUACAAGACCAGGUCCAGGAGGAGCUGAACAGGGUGAUAGGAAGUCGUGAAGUGCAGGCGGAGGACAGGAAGAACCUGCACUUCACCAACGCUGUCAUCCAUGAGACACAGAGACUAGUCAGCAUUGCCCCAAUGUCCCUUCCUCACAAAACUACCCAGGAUGUGAUCUUCCAGGGUCACUUCAUCAAGAAGGGAACCGCAGUGAUUCCUCUCUUGAUAUCUGUCCUGCAUGAUGAGAGUGAGUGGGAGAACCCACACAGCUUUCAUCCUGCUCACUUCCUGGACAAAGAUGAGAAGUUCAUCAAGCGAGAAGCCUUCAUGCCUUUUUCUGCAGGUCGCAGAGCUUGUCCCGGAGAGAGUUUGGCCAGGAUGGAGCUCUUCAUCUUCUUCACCAGCCUCCUGCAGAACUUUCGUUUCACUCCUCCACCUGGAGUUUCAGAGGAUGAACUGGAUCUGACUCCACAAUUACGCCUCGGUCUCAACCCAUCACCUCAUAAACUGUGUGCUGCCCCCCGAACAUGA